AUGACACGACGGUGUGGAAAAAUGGAUCCGCAGGAUUCUUGGGAGUGGGCGCACGCGACACAUCGAAUCUCCACAAUCUAUGUUUAUUUUUUCAUUAGCUCUAUGAUUUUUGUGGCUGUCAGCCUUUAUUUUUUCUCCAAGGAGUUCGUGGUGUCGCCUGACAAUUUCAGCGAAUUGGUUCACAGUUAUCGGUCAGAUUAUACAAACAAAACCGUCGUCGGAUAUGAUGAGGUGAUCGCUGCCAUGAAUCCAUUCCACCCCUUCCACAAAUUCCUUGCCCGAAACCAUAUCCGCCACUCAUUCGGCACAGUUUUUAACAAUCAUUGCUACGUAUUCCCCCAUCCAAACGGUACGAAUCUUCCGUCGAUUCUUCGAAGGAUGACAUUUUCGGCGCCAGCUCAGGCAUCAAUGCGAACCGCCGUUUUAAUCACUGUUCUGUUAAGGAUGGUCAUCGUUUUGAUUCGCACAUCUGAUGUAAUGUUGCAAAAUCCUGCAAAAUUCAUAAAAAUCAAAGUGAUCGGAUGUGUUUGUACCAUCACUGAUCUGUGUGUUUCGGUGUUCGGAAUGUUCGUCACUUGUCUACAUACUAGUGUGGAUAUCAAUGAUUUGAGUUUCCUGGUGUACUACUCGCUUCCACUGUUCGGGGCGUCGUUUUUCAUCUGUGCCACUUCGUAUACCUAUUUGGAAUCUUAUGAUAUUCAUAGAAAGAGCAGUCGCGUGUUGGAACGUGCAUUUUGUAUUGCUCUUUUCGCCCUCUGCCUGCCGAUCGUGUGCAAAGACUACAUCUCAUUCCUCUUCUCCAAACCGUGCUUGUAUCACGCGGAACUGUUACCGGCACUUUGUGAAUACAUUUGCAUUGUCACUAUCAUUGUUUUCUACAUGACACAGAUUGAGGACUUUGGAGAAAUGCAAAUGGUGUUAUCCUGUGAACGAGAGGAGACCAUGUGCUGUAUGGAUUUCAUCGAUAUUCCUGAAUUUAAACCAGCAAUGCUCCAUGACUUUCAUGAACUCAUCCAGCAUCAAAGGGAACAGGAAAAGAAACGUCUUCAUAAAUCCAUUAUUUUUGUUUCUUAA